AAAGAGGUUUAUAAAGGUCCGAGCAGAGAUUCAAUGUACUGAUAAUCUAAGCAAUGGUCAAAGUCCAGACCGUCGGGAUAGUUCGGCUGAAUGAGAAGAACAUGGUUUGUAAUAACACUUCAACAGUCAGAACCGAUUGUUAUUUGAAGUACAAAAGAGACAACUGGGACCCCGAUCGUUAAGGAACUUGGGCAAAGGAAGCACGGUGCAACGACAAGGAAGUUAGAAUCCCACUCACCUUCAGAACAAUAUGCACCGGAGCCCCACCUCCAGAUACUAAAGGAGUCCAUAGCUAAGCCCAUCGGAGUUCAAAAGCAGAGGACGCUCAUCGUCUAGUCAUCGCAUUCGGAAUCACACUUGAACCAGACACGAUUCUCGCCGAACGAAUCGAUACAUCGAGAAGUAGCUGGAAUUAGCUUUGAGCAAGAUGCUGGAUCACUCGGUUACAGUGACCGAUGAUCGAUAUCCUCUGCGGUUCCUUUCCCUUUUUGCCUUGCUGUCUGCCUUUCAAGUUUCAAGCACCAACACGAUCAUUUCUUUGCCGUUCAACAAACUGUCAUCGAACAGCUCCCCAUGCGGACCGUCAAACGCUGAUGCCGAUGCUUCCUACAUAGGCUUCUUUGAUCAUGCUAGUGGAGUCUUCAUGCAGGAUCCUUCCACCUCUGACUCUGGUUAUCCUUCGAAGUUUUCAGACACGACUUCUUCCACUGCGUCUUUUCCUGUGCUCUGCUGGUCCUCCCUUAUUGUUGUCUUCUCAGGCUAAUUCACUUCUAUCUCACUUCUAUCUCGUGAGAUGCGUCGUCUAGCUCGCUCGAGUCGUCAUUGCCUGCAGUUGGGGACCGAAUCGCUUCGCUUAGAAACGCCCGUGAAUCGACCAUGAUGUAUGUAGCUCAAGAACGAACUAUUUCAGGCCCACGCUACGGCAUGGUCUUAUAACGAGGGCGACAAUGGUUACACAACUUUGCCAGCAUGAUCAUCGCCUACCUGGGCCAAAUGAACACACUGCAUGGCCGGUGCAUUGGAGUAUUGUUGGGCCAACCACAUGUCCUAUUUCAUUCUUUGUACUCGACC